UCUCUCUCUCUCCCUCUCCCCCCCCUCCCUCCCUCUCUCUCUCUCUCUCUCUCUUCUCACCUCUUCUGAUCUUAGAGCAUAUCGCGGAUCGAACCCUUCCCUCCAUUCAUCACUCUCUCCUCUGUAUAUAUAUAUAUCUAUUAUCCCUCUCGAGCUCUGGUGCUCGAAGACCGUCUUUCUCGUAAUUUAGUUUCCGCAACGCAAGCGUUGAUCCUCCAUUGCAUGUGAAUCGACGAGUUCUAGGGCUUUUAUUUGUUCCUUGACAUGAAAUGCACGGUAAAUGCGUUUGGCUUGAAUUAUCGGCGUUGAAUGAUGAGUUAAUCGGAGGGCGCGAAAUCCAAGGGAUCAGUCCAGUUUCCAGCCGAAAUGGCGGUCUCCCCCGUCAGUUUCUUGUUUGGUUUCCUCCUCGCCUCCAUCGUUCUGUGGCUGGUUUUCACGUUUGCUUCCACAUUGGUAGCUUGGGCCCUAGGUCGGAUUCUGGGAGCAUCUGUACGAUUCCGAGUUGGUGGAUGGAAAUGCUUAAGGGAUGUUGUCAUCAAGUUCAAAAAGGGUGCUGUUGAAUCCGUAUCUGUUGCUGAAAUCAGACUCAGCUUACGGCAGUCCUUGGUGAAACUUGGGGUUGGUUUUAUUUCUAAGGAUCCAAAGUUGCAGGUUUUAAUAUGUGAUUUGGAAGUUGUAAUGAGACCUUCAAACAAAAGUGCACAGAAGAAAAGUAGAACUCGAAAGUCUCGCAGUUCUGGCAGAGGAAAAUGGAUGGUUGUGGCUAACAUGGCCAGAUUUAUAUCAGUUUCUAUAACAGAAUUGGUUGUGAAGAUGCCAAAAGCUACUAUUGAAGUUAAAGAACUGAAUAUUGAUAUAUCUAAAGAAGGUGGAUCGAAGCUGGCUUUGUUUGUCAAAUUACACCUUUUGCCUAUUUCGGUCUACUUGGGUGAGCCACGGAUUAGCUAUGACCAUUUGUCUAACUUUAACAAUGGUGGAUGCACUUACGCCAGCCAGGAAUCAUGUGCCUUGAUGGAGAGGACCCAUGCUUCUUUCUGCUGUGAAGAGUUCUCUCUUUCAUCUGAAUUUGGUCAUGAUAGGGAAGCAGGUGUAAUCAUUAAGAAUGUGGACAUUAAAAGUGGGGAAGUCACUUUAAAUUUAUAUGAGGAGCUCUUUCUUAGGAAAAAAAGUUCAUCCAACACAUUUCCUCAUGCUACUGAAGCUGUAGAGUCUAGCACUGAGUCUGACACUGCUAAAAAUCCAGAGAAAAAGCUGUCAGCACCUCUAUCUUUGACAAAGUAUGCUCCUAUAAUCCCAGAGAAGGUAUCAUUCAGUUUGCCCAAGUUGGAUGUGAGGUUUGAGCACAGGAGACAUAGUCUUGUUGUUGAUAAUAACAUCAUGGGCAUUCAAUUGAAAAGCAUUAAAUCCCAGUCUACUGAAGAUGUGGGGGAAAGUACACGCCUUGAUAUUCUAAUGGAUUUCAGUGAGAUUCAUCUAUUUAGAGAAGGUAGCAUUUCUGUUGUGGAGAUACUAAAACUUGAUGUCACUUCUUCCAUUUACAUUCCUUUACAGCCGACCAUGCUUAUCAGAUCUGAAAUUGAUGUUAAACUGGGGGGUACUAGGUGCAACAUCAUAAUGAGCAGACUAAAUCCAUGGAUUCAACUGCAGUCUUCAAAAAAGAAAAGUUUAGUCCUUCAAGAUGGAAGCCAAAAUCCUCAAAAGCCAAGGUCUGCCAAACCCAAAGGGUUAAUGUGGACUUGUACUGUUUCAGCACCAGAGAUGACUGUCGUGCUUUUCAGUCUGAGGGGUUCUCCUCUAUAUCAUGGUUGCUCCCAAUCAUCACAUGUGUUUGCCAAUAAUAUUUCAAGUACAGACACUUCAGUACACAUGGAACUUGGUGAACUAAAUCUGCACAUGGCUGAUGAAUAUCAAGAAAUUGUAAAAGAAAGCCUGUUUGAUGUAGAAACAAAUACAGGUUCUUUAAUGCAUAUUGCAAAAAUUAGCCUGGAUUGUGGCAAAAAGGACAUAGAACCACCUGAAGAAGAUGGUUCUAAGAGUAAAUUGGUUCUCUCUGUUGAUGUGACUGGUAUGGGCAUUUUCUUGACCUUGAAGCGUAUGGAAUCUUUUAUAUUGACAGCUAUGUCCUUUAAAUCUUUAUUGAAAAAUGUAUCUGCUUCUAGUAAAAAACCACCACAGAAUCGAGGAGGUCACUCGUCUAAACCUUCAAAGAAGGGGAUUCAACUCUUAAAAUUUAACCUUGACAAGUGUUCUGUAAACUUAAGUGGUGAUGCGGGCUUGGAGAACACAGUUGUUUCUGAUCCCAAACGUGUGAAUUAUGGAUCUCAAGGUGGUCGGGUUAUAAUUAGUGUCUCAGCUGAUGGGACACCACGAUGUGCAAGUGUAAUGUCUAUGAUUUCUGAUGAGUGCAAGAAAGUGAAAUAUUCUGUAUCUCUUGAUAUCUUUCAUUUUAGUCUCUGUAUGAAUAAGGAGAAACAGUCAACACAGAUGGAACUUGAAAGAGCAAGAUCUACCUAUCAGGAAAUUGUGGAAGAUGAUAUGCCUGGCACAAAAGUGGCAUUACUUGACAUGCAGAAUGCAAAAUUAGUACGCAGGUCUGGUGGUCUUAAAGAGAUUGCCAUUUGCUCUCUUUUUAGUGCUACUGAUAUUACAGUCAGAUGGGAGCCUGAUGUGCAUAUAGCAUUGUUUGAGCUUGUGCUGCACUUGAAGCUACUCAUACAUAAUCAGAAGCUUCAAGGACUUGAUGAAAAUCACAUGGAGGACACUUCUAGCGUUAGAGGUAAUGAACAGAUGAAAGAAACCUCCACAGAGUCCAUGCCAUACGAGAAGCAACACAAAAAGAAGGAAUCUCUUUUUGCCGUUGAUGUAGAAAUGCUGAGUAUAUCUGCUGAGGUUGGAGAUGGGGUUGAUGCUAUGGUUCAGAUUCAAUCAAUUUUUUCUGAGAACGCCUCUAUUGGAGUACUUCUUGAAGGACUUAUUCUUAGUUUCAAUGAAGCAAGAAUAUUCAAAAGUAGUCGGAUGCAAAUAUCACGCAUUCCUAAUGUCUCAAGAGGUUCUUCAGAUUCAAAACCUGAGGCAUCCACUACAUGGGAUUGGGUUAUUCAAGGUAUUGAUGUCCAUAUUUGCAUGCCAUACAGGUUGCAGUUGCGUGCCAUUGAUGAUUCCGUUGAGGAGAUGUUGAGAGCUUUGAAGCUUGUCACUGCUGCUAAAACAAAAUUGAUAUUUCCAAUAAAAAAAGAAAGUGCAAAACCUAAAAAACCUAGUUCAACAAAAUUUGGAUCUGUGAGGUUUUGUAUACGUAAACUAACUGCUGAAAUUGAGGAAGAACCAUUACAGGGUUGGCUUGACGAACACUAUCACCUAAUGAAGAAUGAGGCUUCUGAAUUAGCUGUCAGGUUGAAAUUUCUUGAUGAACUUAUUUCCAGAGGUAGUUCAUGCCCUGGAACUGCUGAAACAAUGGAAGGCACUCCUGAAGGUAAAAUUCUUUACAAUGGAGAGGAAGUUGAUCUUCAAGAUGCUUCAGUUAUUCAAAAAUUGCAAGAGGAGGUUUAUAAGCAAACAUUCCAGUCAUAUCACCAUGCAUGUCAGAAACUUGUGCCAUCUGAAGGAUCAGGUGCUAGUAAGAUAGGGUUUCAGGCUGGAUUCAAGCCUAGCGCUGCCAGAACUUCUCUUCUUUCUAUCUCUGCAACAGAUUUAGAUGUAAGCUUGACAGGAAUUGCAGGUGGUGAUACUGGAAUGAUAGAACUUGUACAGAAGCUUGAUCCUGUCAGUAGAGAAUAUAAUAUACCAUUCUCUCGACUUUAUGGGAGUAGUAUUCUUCUGCGCACAGGCACUCUUGUUGUUCAAUUAAGAAACUAUACAUUACCUCUUUUUUCUGCAACUUCUGGUAGAUGUGAGGGUCGCCUUGUACUAGCUCAACAGGCUACAUGUUUUCAGCCCCAAAUUCUCCAAGAUGUCUUCAUUGGCAAAUGGAGGAAGGUUUCCAUGCUUCGUUCAGCCAGUGGCACUACUCCACCAAUGAAGACGUACAUGGAUUUGCCCAUACAUUUCCAGAAAGCAGAAGUUUGCUUUGGAGUGGGUUUUGAGCCAUCUUUUACUGAUAUCAGUUAUGCUUUUACAGUUGCACUUCGCAGAGCUAAUCUAAGCAUUAGGAAUCCCAAUCCUUCAGAUCUUCAGCCACCAAAAAAGGAAAAAAGCUUACCAUGGUGGGAUGAAAUGAGAAACUACAUUCAUGGAAACAUCACCUUAUUCAUGUCUGAGACCAGAUGGGAUGUUCUUGCUACGACUGAUCCUUACGAGAAGUCUGACAAACUUCAAAUUGUUUCUGGUCAUAUGGAAAUCCAGCAGUCAGAUGGUCGCAUUUAUGUUUCUACCAAGGGUUUUAAGAUUUUGUUAAGCAGUUUGGAGACUUUACUAAGCAAUAGCAGCUUAAAACUUCCUACUGGCUGGUCUGGUGCUUUCUUAGAGGCUCCGGAAUUUAUUCUUGAAGUGAAAAUGGAAUGGGAAUGUGAUUCGGGCAAUCCCAUGAAUCAUUAUUUGUUUGCACUCCCUAAUGAAGGUGUGCCUCGCGAAAAAGUUUUUGAUCCUUUUAGAUCUACUGCCCUUUCACUAAGGUGGGAUUUUUCACUUAGACGUUCUCUUUCAUCAUGUGACAACCAAUCACAAUCCACUACCAUGGGUGAUGAUGCCAUUGUUGAUGGUGCAAAGUCAGAGAAUGCUUCAAUUGAUUCACCAACUAUAACAGUUGGUGCUCAUGAUUUUGCAUGGUUAACUAAAUUCUGGAACAUGAACUACCUUCCUCCUCAUAAAUUGCGGACUUUUUCACGGUGGCCUCGUUUUGGAGUUCCAAGAAUUCCCAGGUCUGGCAAUCUGGCAUUAGACAAGGUCAUGACAGAGUUUAUGUUGCGUAUUGAUUCAACUCCAACAUGUAUAAGGAAUAUGCCCCUAGAUGAUGAUGAUCCGGCUAAAGGGCUGACUUUUAAGAUGUCAAAACUAAAAUUUGAACUUUGUUUUAGUCGGGGUAAGCAAAAAUAUACAUUUGAAUGUUUUCGGGAUCCUCUUGAUCUUGUUUACCAGGGUGUUGACCUUCACAUGCCAAAAGCAUAUAUAAGUAGAGAAGAUAGUAUGACUGUUGCUAGAUUAAUUCAAAUGACAAGGAAAAGUUCAAAGUCUGUACCGGCAGACAAAGCAAUAAAUGAAAAAUGUGAUCAUACGAGUGGCUGCACAGAGAAGCAUCGUGAUGAUGGAUUUCUGUUAUCCUCUGAUUAUUUUACAAUCAGACGGCAAGCUCCGAAGGCUGAUCCUUCAAGGCUAUCAGUAUGGCAAGAAGCAGGAAGAAGAAAUCUUGAGAUGACUUAUGUCCGGUCUGAGUUUGAAAAUGGAAGUGAGAGUGAUGAACAUGCACAAUCAGAUCCUAGUGAUGAUGAUGGUUAUAAUGUGCUCAUAGCUGACAACUGCCAACGUAUUUUUGUUUAUGGUCUCAAGCUUUUAUGGACCCUUGAGAAUAGAGAUGCUGUUUGGUCCUUUGUUGGUGGAAUAUCCAAGGCAGUUCAACCUCCGAAGCCUUCUCCCUCUCGGCAGUAUGCACGGAGGAAGUUGCUUGAGGACAACCAAGCAGUAGAUAGACCUGAAAUGCCUCAUGAUGAUAUUUCAAAGCCUCCUUCAACCACUCAGGAUGCCAGUUCCCCUUCACAAGUUGCAGAAACAGCAGGAUCAGUUACAUCUCCCCCGCAAGCAGUUAAAACAGAAAGCUCAUCAUCUGGUGCAGUUGCAAAAUAUGGAAGCAAUGAUGACUCUGAGGAGGAGGGGACUCGCCACUUCAUGGUGAACAUUAUAGAGCCACAGUUCAAUCUUCACUCAGAAGAAGCCAAUGGUAGAUUUCUGCUUGCUGCUGUUAGUGGCCGUGUUUUAGCUCGGUCAUUCCAUUCUGUCCUUCAUGUUGGUUAUGAAAUGAUUGAACAAGCACUCGGUACUGGAAAUGAACAUGUUCCAGAAUGUCAACCUGAAAUGACAUGGAACCGCAUGGAAUUAUCUGUCAUGUUAGAGCGUGUGCAGGCUCAUGUUGCACCAACUGAUGUUGACCCUGGGGCUGGACUCCAGUGGCUUCCAAAAAUACGAAGGAGCUCUCCAAAAGUAAAGCGUACUGGUGCUUUGCUUGAAAGGGUGUUUAUGCCUUGUGAUAUGUAUUUCCGCUACACAAGGCACAAAGCUGGAACGGCAGACUUGAAGAUGAAGCCUUUGAAAGAGCUCACAUUCAAUUCUCAAAAUAUUACAGCAACAAUGACAUCUCGGCAGUUUCAAGUUAUGCUUGAUGUGUUGACUAAUCUUCUCUUUGCCCGGCUUCCAAAGCCUCGGAAAAGUAGUCUGUUGUAUCCUGCUGAAGAUGAUGAAGAUGUUGAAGAGGAGGCAGAUGAGGUGGUUCCUGAUGGUGUUGAAGAGGUAGAACAAGCAAGAAUCAAUCUUGAAGAGAGAGAGAGGGAGCAGAAUUUGCUUUCAGGUGACAUAAAUAAAUUGUCUACUUUUGCUGAUACUUCUGGAGAUGUAUGCAUGGAAAAAGAAGGUGAUAUAUGGAUGAUUACUGGUGGAAGGCCCACAUUGGUGUACUGGCUAAAGAAGGAGCUCGGGAAUGCAAAAAAAUUAAGAAAGAAUGCUUCUGUUUCAUUAAGGACAGCUCUGAAGAAAGCUGCCCAGCUACACCUUAUGGAAAAAGAGAAAAACAAGACUCCAUCAUGUGCCAUGCGUAUCUCUAUGCAAAUUACCAAAGUGGUCUGGAGCAUGCUUGCAGACGGUAAAUCUUGUGCCGAAGCUGAAAUAAAUGAUAUGAUAUAUGAUUUUGACAGAGAUUACAAAGAUUUUGGUGUUGCUCGGUUUACAACAAAGUGUUUUGUUGUGAGAAAUUGCCUGCCCAAUGCCAAGUUUGACAUGAUUCUAGCACCUUGGAAUCCUCCUGCUGAAUGGGGAAAAAAAGUAAUGCUUAGAGUGGAUGCAAAGCAGGGAGCUCCAAAGGAUGGAAACUCUCCGAUUGAAAAUUUCCAGGUAGAGAUCUACCCCCUAAAAAUACAUUUAUCUGAGACACUGUACCUUAUGAUAUGGGGAUACUUUUUUCCAGAAGAAGAACAAGACUCCCAACGGCGACAGGAAGUUUGGAAGGUUUCAACAACUGCUGGUGCAAAGCGUGUAAGGAAAGGCUCUAUCCAUGAAGCUCCUUCUGCAAGCAGCCACUCAACUAGAGAUUUUGAGAUUUCCUGCAAAGCAAACACCUCUUCUGGUAUUAGCCAGAAUUCUACUCAAGCUGAUUCUUUGCAAGGAUCGAAGUUGCAGAACAUAAAAGGAAAUAUUUUUUCUGGUUCAACACCUGAGCUAAGACGAACAUCUUCUUUUGAUAAAACUUGGGAAGAAAAUGUUGCCGAAUCUGUUGCUAAUGAACUUGUAUUACAAGUUCAUUCAUCAAGCAUUUCUUCUCCAAGAGGCGUGUCCCUUGGCAUUGAACAGAAAGAUGAACCCACCAGAAACAAGUCAAAAGAGACUAAACCUAUUAAAUCUGGUCGUUCCUCCCAUGAAGAAAAGAAGAUAGGAAAGACACAAGAUGAGAAAAGGCCUCGAAGAAUGAGGGAGUUCCACAAUAUCAAGAUAAGCCAGGUUGAACUACUAGUUACUUAUGAAGGACCACCACUGUCUGUCACUGAGCUAAGGUUACUAAUGGAUACGUUUCACCGUGUUGACUUUACUGGAACUUGGAGGCGAUUAUUCUCACGAGUUAAGAAGCAUGUUAUUUGGGGAGUCCUAAAGUCUGUCACUGGAAUACAGGGCAAGAAGUUUAAAGAUAAAGUAAAUAGUCAAAAGGAAUCUAGCGCAGCUGCUGUCCCAGACAAUGAUCUGAAUCUUAGCGACAGUGAUGGAGGUUCAGCUGAUAAAUCUGGGCAAUACCCAAUAUCAUGGGCUAAACGCCCUGGUGAUGGAGCAGGUGAUGGAUUUGUCACCUCCAUAAGGGGCCUCUUUAAUUCUCAGCGCCGCAAGGCCAAGGCAUUUGUGCUUCGGACAAUGAGGGGUGAAGCAGAGAAUGAGUUAAGUGGUGAAUGGAGUGAAAGUGAUGUAGAGUUCUCUCCCUUUGCCAGGCAACUGACCAUAACAAAAGCGAAGAAGCUCAUUAGACGGCAUACCAAAAAGUUCCGGUCAAGAGGACAAAAAGGUGCAUCUUCACAGCAGAGAGGUUCACUUCCAUCAUCACCAAGGGAGGGCACGCCAUAUGAGAGUGAUUCUUCAUCUGGAUCUUCCCCUUACGAAGACUUCCAUGAAAUCAACCAGGGAAUAGAAAGCAGGAGGAGGAUGUAAUCGAUUUGACUUGGCAACUUCCUCGGAUGAACACAAAGAAGACGAGAUAUGUUCAUCCUCGAAUAAUAGCAGGCCUGUAGAUUUUGCUUGCAGCAGUGGGAGGAAGGUAUUGUAUCGCAAGCGAAUCAAGAUCUACAUCCCUCAUUCACAUAUACGAGUUGUAUAUUUUUUGCGCAAUGGCGGGCCCCUCUCCCCACCAGUUCUCUCUUAUUUAUUUGGAUGUAUCACUAGUCACCGAUCCCCAAUCAUCAAUCUUCCUGUGUGUGACUUAGAAAUGGGAUUUAGAGGGCUCCACUCAAAAUUUUCAUGCACAAUUUGAUGCAACAGCUGCCGUAUAUGUUGUUGAUGAUGAUAGAAUAAAUGAGGAAACGCUUUAUUUUUUUGGUUACUUGAA